AUGGCAGAAUCACAUUGUGAAAGAAUUUGGGUCUUCCGACUCGUACUGAAUGUUAUGCUUUUCUCUGGACUCGUGGCUUCAGGAGCCAUCGUCACCAGAUUACCUGGUUUUAAUGGCGAUCUUCCUUUCUCACUCGAAACCGGUUAUAUUGGUGUAGGUGAGUCGGAGGAGUCACAGCUCUUCUACUAUUUUGUCAAGUCGGGAAGAAGCCCAACACUAGACCCUCUGGUGCUUGUGCUCACAGGAGGUCCUGGUUGUUCAGCCCUCUCUCCAUUUUUUUACGUAAAUGGUCCGUUAAUGUUUGAUUAUGCUCAUUUUAAUGGAAGCUUACCGCCCCUUGAGCUAAGCCCAUAUUCAUGGUCACAGAACGCCAACAUAAUAUAUGUGGAUGCACCGGCGGGCACCGGAUUCUCAUACUCAACGACAAAAGAUAAUUACUAUGUUGAUGACCACAAAAUUGUGAAAGUAUUCUAUCAGUUUCUGAGAAAGUGGCUGGUUGAGCACCCUCAGUAUCUGAAAAAUCAACUAUUUAUUUUUGGAGACUCUUAUAAUGGCCUCACUCUCCCAAUAUUAGUUCAAGAUAUCCUCAAUGGUAAUGAAGCAGGGUUGAAGCCACAUAUGAAUCUAAAAGGGUAUAUCCUUGGAAACCCAGGAACAGACUCAUUCAUUGAUGACAAUUCAAGACUCACUUUCGCUCACAGAUUGGCUCUCAUACCAACUGAACUCUAUGAGUAUGCAAAAGCGACUUGCAAUGGCGAUUUCGUAAAUAUAGACGCAAAAAACACCGAAUGUGUGUCAUCCAUUGAUGAGUACCAGAAGUUGAUUUUCCAAACAAAUGUGAUGCACGUAUUGGAACCCACCUGCCAAGUUGAAGCACCAGCAAAGGGAAUGCCAAUUGAAACACUAACAAUAUCACAUGAUCAUCAGUCUCCAGAAGCAACCUCCAAUUGCGAUGAAUAUGAGAAGCAGCAGCACGUAUUGGAACAAAUCUGCCAAGUCGAACCACCAUCAGAAGGAAGACAAAGUGAAAACCCUGAACCAAAUCUUAUCUUCUCUAAUUCUCGUGGUUCUACUUCUAAUUGGUGUCGGGAUAAUGAUCGUUUGCUCUCUACGAUUUGGGCUAAUGAUAAAAGUGUCCAAGAAGCACUCCAUGUGAGAGAGAACACAAUCACAGCGUGGAAGAGGUGCAAUGUCAGUCUAGCCUACACAAGGAAUAUCAUGAGCACUUUUGCUUAUCAUCAUAAUCUAACCAACCAAAGCAUAAGAGUUCUAAUUUACAGUGGGGAUCAUGACUUGACUGUUCCAUACAUUGGGACACAAAACUGGAUCCAUUCACUCAAUUUGACUAAGAACGAACGUUGGAGGGCCUGGUUUGUAGAUGGUCAAGUUGGAGGAUACACAGAGAGGUUUUCAAGAGGUGACUACAGGCUCACAUUUGCGACAGUGAAGGAUGGUGGUCACGCAGCUCCGGAGUACAAACGCAAGGAAUGCUUUCAAAUGGUUGAUCGUUUCCUCAAUUAUUACCCUCUCUAA